AUGGCCUCCGUUGAACCAAUAUUGAUCCCAAAGUCUGAAGAGUCAGAAUGGUACCAACAAAUUAGUAUGAUCUUUUAUUCACAACUCGACACCAACCUUGAAAACCCUUCUGCUUCCAUCUUUUUAGUACCUGAAAACAUAAUCAAACAUAAGCCUGAAGCCUAUGAACCACAACAGAUAGGGUUGGGGCCGAAAUAUCAUUUUCAGCCAUGGCCUUAUAAGAAGAUGGAGCAAAGAAAGCUUACCGCUGCAAAAAGGCUACUACCGGAUUGGAAAGGCCAUAAAUUUCAUAAACAUAUCAUUCAAAAAUUAUACGGCCUUAUCCCAACCAUCCGUGCUUGCUACGAGACAUUCCUCCAAGAUGAUAACUUUUAUUUGGCCUGGAUUUUGGCCAUUGAUGGUCUCUUCUUGCUUUAUCAUUUCCAUUCCUACAACAGUGGUGUGGACUAUGAUCAUGAGGAAAGAAAUGAACUCGAAGAGAAGAAGAAUGAAUCACAUGAACAUAUAAUAUCUUUGGAAGUUGAUCCGACAAGAAGAUUGUUUGCACAAGAUCUAAUGAUGGUCGAAAACCAAAUUCCUUUUAUGUUGUUGCAGGAACUUGAUAAGGCUUUGCAGCCAUCUUCAGGUGAUUCCAUCGAUUCAGUGUAUAACUUUUCUCCUUCCAUAUAUCGAUCUUUUUGUGACACACAUUCGCCACUUGAGUUGUGCUCACAAUCACAAGCUCCUACUCUUGUAGACCACCUGCUUCAUUAUAUGUAUUGUUCAAUUGUGACCAAUAUCCCUGAAAAGGUUAAUCAGUUGCCUCACAAAAGACCAACCUUUGUUUAUCGCAUGGGGGAAGCAGGUGCCUCGCCUUCUAAAGAGGAAAAGGGUGUGUUACUUCCUUCUGGAGAACCACUCAUCGAUACUUCUUUAGGAAAACUGAAUAUCCCCAUUGUUAACUUCGUACAAAAAAUUCCUUGGGAAAAGGUCUUUCCAUUAUAUGAAAAAACCGUGACAUCACUAGAAACCUUCUCUCAUGAUAAAACUGACAUCCCUUCAGUUUCCAAACUGCAUGGAGCUGGAUUCAAGUUUCACCUCUUACCAAAAGACGAAGGCUUUUGGAAAAUAGAUAGUAAAGGGAAGGAUAUUUCCCUUCCAUGUAUUACUUUGCAUACCGACUCAGAGGUUAUAUUAAGAAAUUUAGUUGCGUACGAAAUGAUAAAGGCCAAUUGCAAUAACUUCCCACUUACUGAAUACGUGGGGUUGAUGUGUGGGCUUAUCAUGAAUGUAAAUGAUGUCAAGCUUCUUAAAAGACAGAAAAUUAUCGAUGGUGACUUGCGUGAGGAUGAAGUUGCUAAAUUCUUCAUUGGGAUGCGGACUUCUACACAGACUGUGAAAACGAGAAAGAAAUCCGAGUUGCAAGAAAAGAUAGUGGAAGUUAACAGAGUUUAUGAAAGUAGGCGGAGGAUGUUGUACUUGCUAAUGAGGAAGGUAUCAUAUUGGUUGCUGGUGGUUUUAAGAGCUGUUAGCAUUUUUGCAGGAGCUUCGUUGAAGAUUUUAGCGUUCAUCAUUAGCCUUGCAACAGUGUUCCUGUUAACAUCACAAGCUUAUUGCGAGGCUUAUGGCUGCGCUAAAACAAAGGUCUCGUUGUUGACGCUCAGUACUUGA